AUGGCUAACAAUGGCGUACCGCAGACCGGAAAGGGUAUGAUCGUGAGUUUCGGCGAGAUGCUGAUCGACUUCGUCCCCACCGAAUCGGGCGUUUCUCUUGCAGAAGCUCCUGGCUUCCUCAAAGCCCCCGGCGGGGCUCCCGCCAACGUGGCGAUCGCCGUGGCUCGCCUCGGCGGAAAUGCCGCGUUCGUCGGCAAACUCGGCGACGACGAGUUCGGCCACAUGCUCGCCGGCAUCCUGAAGCAAUACGGCGUCAAUGGAGAUGGCAUCUCGUUCGAUCAGGGCGCCCGCACCGCGUUGGCCUUCGUGACCCUACGCGCCGACGGUGAACGUGAGUUCAUGUUCUACCGGAACCCUAGCGCCGAUAUGCUGCUGAAGCCCGACGAGCUCAACAUCGAGCUCAUCAAAUCCGCCAAAGUGUUCCACUAUGGAUCCAUUAGCUUGAUCGUGGAGCCGUGCAGAUCGGCACAUCUGAAGGCAAUGGAGGUGGCUAAAGAAGCAGGUGCAUUGCUCUCCUACGACCCGAACCUCCGGGAGCCGCUGUGGCCGUCGCGGGAAGAGGCAAAGAAGCAGAUAAUGAGCAUAUGGGAUAAGGCCGAUUUGAUCAAGGUGAGUGAUGUGGAGCUGGAGUUCCUUACAGGGAACCCCAACAUUGAUGAUGCCAAUGCCAUGACUCUGUGGAGAGAUAGCUUGAAGCUCCUCCUUGUCACUCUUGGUGAGAAGGGUUGUAGAUACUACACCAAGAAUUUCCGUGGAGUGGUGGAAUCCUUCGAGGUCAAAGCCGUAGACACCACCGGCGCUGGUGAUUCGUUUGUGGGUGCUCUCCUUGCGAAGAUUGUCGAUGAUCACUCCAUUCUUGAAGACGAGAAGAGGUUGAGGGAGGUACUGAAAUUUGCAAAUGCAUGCGGAGCGAUUACAACAACCAAGAAGGGAGCUAUCCCCGCACUUCCCAACGAGUCUGAAGCCCUCACCCUCUUCAAAGAAAAAUAGAAGAAGAAGGUGAUGGAUCUCAACAGCAACAAGAAGAAGGGAAUAUCUGCCUCUUUUUAUUUUUCUUCUUAAUUCUCUUUUUUUUUUUUUUUUUUUUUUUUUUUUUCUUUAUUUGUCAAGUUUGUAGGAGCUUUUAUUUCGAAUUUUGUGUUUUAUUGGAGAGGGAUUUUCCAGCAUUAGUUUGGCUGCGUGUAAUGAUGGGAAGUUGGAGGCUUAAGCAUUGCCGAAUAAGUGUAUGAUUUCUGAUAUUCUUCACAUCAAAUGAGAACCGAAAUUCGAUUGUUGGAUAAUAA